AUGUCAUCGAAUCAGCCACAAAACCCAGAAACUCAACGACCAGCAAACGACAAGGACGACACCGCAAAAACAUCUGAUUCAACUCCGCUCGCUCUCCCAGCUCCCCAGGACGCGUCAACAUCAAUUAAUGCAGACGGAGAGGUAUCCCAAACCUUCAAGCUCGACGCCCUCGGGCCGCUGGUCAUCAAUUCAGACGGCACGCUCUCCCGCAUCGACAACUGGGCCCAGAUGACAGAGCUGGAGCGCGAACGCACCCUGCGCAUCUUGGGCAAGCGGAACCAACUCCGGCGGGAAAAUAUCGAAAAGGGUGAGAGUGGUUCAGUCAACAAUACUGCUGAGGAAGGGAAGUCAUGA